UAAAAUUUAAAACAAAAUAGUGCAAAAUAUACUUUCAAAUAAAAUUUAAAGAAAGAAAAAAGAAAAAAAAAAGACCUGAGCUGAGAUCAGGAGUCGGACACUUGGGGCUCCUAGAUGGCUAAAGCUGUUAAUUAAGCCAGUGACUCUUGAUUUUGGUUCGGGUCAUGAUGUCAUGGUCAUGAGAUCGAGCACCUCCAUGGACUCUGAGCUGGGUGUGCCGCCUGCCCGGGAUUCUCUCUCUCCCUCUACCUCUCCCCUCCCUAGCUCGCACUUGUCUGCAUGUGCACACAUACUCUCUUUCUCUCUCACACACAAACAAAAAAGAGCCAGAUGCUUAACUGACUGAGCCACCCAAGGUGUCCCUCCACCCCUUGGAGAUCUUAAAGUCUCCUCAAACACAACAUGUCCCAAAUGGAACUCAUGAUCUUUGUCCCUCUAUGCCAAUGUUCGACAUCUCAGUGAAUGGCCCUGUCAUCCAUUCAGCUAUACAAUCCUGAUUGUUCUUGAAAUUCUCUUCCCCUGAGUUCUGCCUUCCAUAGUAUUCAGGACAUUGCCAGUACCUUCUAAAAUAUCUCUCAGAUCCAGCCACAUCUCUAUAUCUGUGAUGCCAUCCUAAUCCAAUUUAACAUCUUCCUGCCUGGAUUACUGCAAUAGGCACCCAACUGUUCUCUCACAUCCCUCUUUUCUAGCUCUAUCUGCCCUCACUGCAAGCAGAAAAAUCUUUUAAAACUGCAAAUCUGAGCAAGAUGUUUGGAUACUUAAAACCCUUCAAUCAGCAUUGCUUGUGGCAGAAAGAUCGUGAUCUGACUACCUCUCCAACCCCAUCUCACAGCACAGUCCCCCCUCUCUUUCUGGCAUUGUAAUUUAUCUUCAGUUGCUCCGAUGUGCCAUGUUGCUUUCAGCCAGAGUCUUGUUUGAAGCUCUAGUCCUUCUGUCCUUGCUAGGUUGCCUAGGUAACUCCUACUCACCUACUAGAUGUAAGGUCACUUCUUCACAGAAGCCUUCCCUGACCCCUGAAACUGAAUCAUAUCCCCCUCUGCUACAGUCUCACAGCACCCAGUUUCUCUUCAUAGGUAUUAUCAUCAUUCGUAUUUAUGCAUUUUAUUGUUUAAUGAUUUGAUUAAUCUGUCUUGCCCUCUAAUGUAUUAGUUUAAUAAAGGCAGAGCCAAUAUUUAUUAUUCUUACCAUUUGAUCCUCAAAGCCUACUUGAACAGAUGGUGACCACACUCAUCGUGGUAAGCUUUUCAUAAUGUAAUUGUCAAAUCACUAUGUGAUACACCUGCAACUAAUAUAAUGUAUGUCAACUAUACCUUAAUUAAAAAUUUUUUAAAUACAUAAGGUCAUUACAUUAAAAAAAAGGCCUAUUAGAGUGCCUGGCACAUAGUAGGCACUCAAUAAGUUUGUUGAAUUGGGGCACCUGAGAGACUCAGCCAGUUAAGCAUCCAACUUUGGCUCAGGUCGUGAUCUCACAGUUCAUGGGUUUGAGGCCCGUGUCGGGCUCUGUGCUGACAGCUUAGAGCCUGGAGCCUGUUUCAGAUUCUGUGUCUCCCUCUCUCUCUGCCCCUCCCCUGCUUGUGCUGUGUCUCUUUCUCUCUCUCUCAAAAUAAAUAAACAUUAAAAUUUUUUUUUAAGUUUGUUGAAUUAAUUAACAAAGGAAUGAAUAAAUGAAGGUCAUUAGUGACUUGCCCAGGAUCGAUAUAGCAAGACAGACCAUGGCCAGGUAUUCUAAAUUUCAGUCCAUGUUACUAGCCUUCUCACAAAGACCUUGUCCUCAAUUGUUCUGAAUUAUUGCAACCAAAGCAACUUCACAACUCAUGUCCAAUUUCUCGACCCUACCAUUUUCUAAGGAUGGAAUUUAUGCAGCAAGGAGAUGCGAUAUGUAUAGCAAUUUUUUUCCAAGAAAUACAUGCUAUCUUUUUGCUCUAUUUCGAAGGGUUUUUUUUUUAUGAUAAACCAUGCCGCUAUUUAAAACUUGUAAAGCUUUUUGAGAUUCUCAGAAGAAAUAUAAGGCAUAGAUCACAAAGAACAGUUUUAUCUCUUGCAAUAGGAUUUCCUGUUCAAAAAAUGAUGUUAAUUUGAAAAGCUGAUACCUCCAAAAGAGCAUUCUAUUAGGUGGGUAAUCAUCAUCAUAUUGCCAGCUGCUGUGUAUACCCUUCUCUUAAGAAUGAAAAAGUAAAAAUCCACUUUGUUGUGUACAAGUGCCUUGCGUGUUUUAUAAAAUCCACAUAAAAUGGUCAGUGGUUGGAGGAGAGGCUCCUGUAUUUAUAAGACAAAUAAGUUCACUGUCACCCCUGAAGAAACUUGAAGAUAUGAUUCUCAGGGGAGUUUGGUGCCUUGGAUGAAAAUGGAAUCAUUAUUUUUCAACUUCCCCUGCUCACGUCAUUGACUCCCACCUGCAGCCGGUCCAUUGGUUAUAAGUAGCCAUAAAUGGCCUUGCAGAUUGUAAGCAGGGUAGCCAACCAGGACCAGCAAAGCCAAACUCCUGGUAAGCUUUAUUAGCCCUUUCUGUGUAUUUCAUUUCCAUUUCACAUUUUGGAGUCAGAGACAAUCCAUACUUAUGCUGAUGUGGUGUGAGUCUGUCUCAGAUGUGUAUAUAAGGUGCAUUUCUCAGUUUUUGGUAUAUCUUUUCUUUUUUCUCCUCCUCCUCCUCCUCCUCCUCCUCCUCCUCCUCCUCCUCCUUUGUUUAUUGAGACUGCUAUCUUAAUACAUAUGUAUGCUUUUUUUUUUUUUUUAAGACUUGCACUUUCUUUGGAGACAACAAAGUGCAUUUUUUUCGAAGAUGAAAAAGCGUACUCAGACUUUCUGGGUUGUAUUCAUAAUUGGUUUGCUCAUCACUGUAUAAUGUUAUCAUCAUAGACUCCUUUAAGCUAAUAAACUGGAUUUGGGGGUCUUCAUUUGCAAAUAAACAUGGGGAAAAAGAGGGCUGCAAAAUUCAGGUGCACCAAUAUACUAUUUUUUCCUCCCUGUCUCUCUUUAAAAAUGUUUCCUCUUUCUCUUUUUACUUUUGCCCUCCCUUCUCUCCUCCUCCCUCUUCCUUCACCUUCCUCCUACCCCUCCAACUCCUCCUUCUUCUUUUCUUUCCCUCUUUUCUCUCAGACCAUUGAUAUCUCCCGAUCCUGCCUUCCACUCAGCUUCGUUCCACCAUGCCCAAAGCACUCCUGCUGCUGUGUGUUGUCCUGGUGCUACUUGGGCUUGUGCCUGGAGACACAGUGAGAAACGGAGAGAAAUGGAAGCCGCUCAACAAUCCCCGGAACAGAGAGCUGUUUUUCAGAACCCUUCAGGCAUAUCUUAAGGGAAGAGGUCUUGAUCUUGGGAGAUUUCCGAACACUUUCUCCAUGAAUGAGAAUCCCAGACCCCUCUCUUUCCAAUCAGAACUUCUUGCUUCUGCAUUUGCAGAUUAUGAAGAGCAGAAAAACUCCUUUCCUAAUUACGUCAAAGGCUGAAUGUUUCCUCUGAACACAGGUGUCUGGCUAUUUUAAAACUACAGAUCAAGCUUCUCAUCAGAAAAAUUCAAUCAUGGUCAUGGCUAAACCUUUUCCCCCUCCACUUUUGUCAAUUUAUCAUGGUUUUAUUCUACAUUUCCAGAUUUACAUAUAAAUGGGUCGAGCUUUGGGACAUAUGUGACUUAUGUGCAUAUUUUUGGAGUCUUUUUUCCAUUCUAUAAACCAUAAACAUCAAUGUAGAGCACUGGACAUAUUUCUAAGAGUUACAAAAAUACUGUAGAGUCCAAAGAGAUGAUGAUUCAAAUUACCUUUCCUUUAAGCUUGUCUUUCAAGCUUGUGUGCUUAUUACCUUUUAUCAAUAAACAUUAAAAAAAAUUUUUUUUAAUGUUUAUUUAUUUUUGAAGGAGAGAGAUACAGAGUAUGAGCGAGGGAGGGGAGGAGAGAGAGAGACACAGAAUAAUGAUACAGGAAAAGCAGCUAUUCCAAAUGAAAAUAUGAGAGUCAGAAUAUUUCAGCCUAAGCUGGUGGAGAGAGGAGAAUGUCAGGUGGUUGUAAAAAAAGGGACCUGUUUCUACUCCAGGCUCCAGGCUCUGAGCUGUCAGUAUGGAGCGCGACUCGGGGCUCGAACUCACGGACCCCACAGACCAUGAGACUAUGACCUGAACCAAAGUCAGACCUUUAACCGACUGAGCCACCCAGGUGCCCCUAUCAAUAAACAUUUUUUACUGGAAAGGGACUCUGCUCAUUUUUAGUAUCGUUCAUUAUAUAUAAUAGAGAUUUGGGCUUAAAAUUGCUCUUUUUCCUGAAAAGAAGCUGCAUUCCCACAUUCAGCAUAUGCCACUGAAAGACCUCACAAUGUUUGUUUCACACCAAGGGAGAGGAAGUGAUAAAUAUCCACAGUUAAGUUGAAAUGGAAAGCAAAGGCACUGGGGAUUCUAGGAGUUGCUAGAGUCUUUAGGAGAUGUUCCCUGCCAUCGUUCAGAGGUGGACAUUGUGUUACACCAAAUAUCCCAGCUGCACUCGGCUCUGGUUCUUCUGCACACACAGCUUCUUAAGAAGGGCGAGUGGAAACAGGUGGAGUAGAAACAGGUCCUUUUUUUACAACCAACUGACCUUCUCCUCUCUCCACCAGCUCAGGUUGAAAUAUUCUGACUCUCAUAUUUUCAUUUGGGAUAGCUGCUUUUCCUGUAUCAUUAUGGAGAGCCACAUCAUUUUCUCUGGGAUUCUUGAAAAACGAACAUUAUACUAGAAUGCAAAAACAUUGGCAUCCUAGGAACAUUAGCCUGUACCUUUCAUGAUAGUCUUCUGUGGCUUUCUUGUGGAUGAUUGAUACUGAAUAUCAAUAAUAAAAUACUU